ACCGCGUGGGAUUUUUGGUGGAUCAACCGUAGACGUCACAUCUUCAGGAAUUUGGUUCCCACUUCCCACUACACUCAACGCAUCAGAUCAAAGCUAUAUAAAUUCCGCAAAACCCAACCACCGAUUCACCGAUCCUGGAAAUCUUCCAGAUUCCGGAUUCUCUGUUUCUCUUCGGCGAGCUGCUCUCCAUUUCUUUGCACCCAAUUAUCCGGUCGCUGCCAUCAUCAACCGGGACCUUCCGGUUCCAGUUCAGUCGAGAAGGCCUUUUACUUCAACACUUUAGAUAAUCUAGAUAUGGCUGACAAGACUACAAUAUCUGUUGAAGUCGAGACCGAGGAUAAGAGCCCUGGCGGGGUGGAGCAAGAGAAAAGUGACAUUAAACUUGAGGUGAAGAACAAACAGAAGGAUGAAGAGAAAUUGAAGAAAAAGAAGAAAGAUAAAGAUGAGGAGGGGGGUGAUGGUGAUGAUGGUGAAGAAAAGAAGAAGAAAAAGGAGAAGAAAAAGGAAAAGAAGGAAAAAGAUAAAAAAAUUGACACGAAGAAGGAGAAGGCUAAAGAAGAUGAGGAUAAGGAUGGUGAAGAGAAGAAGGAGAAGAAGAAACAGGAAAAGGAAAAGGAGGAGAAGGUCGAAGAAAAAGACAGAGAGAAUGAGAAGGGAGAGAAGAAUGCAUGUGAGGAUGGUGGAGACAAGAAGAAAAAGAAGGAUAAAGAUAAGAAGGAUAAGGAGAAGAAAAAAGAAAAAAAGGACAAGGAUGAAGAAAGAGACGCAAUAAAGGAGAAGGGGAAAGACAAUGGAGGCAAGGAGAACGAUGAGAUUAAGAAAAUGAAGGGUGAGGAUCAGAAGAAGAAAGAGGAAAAGAAACACAAGGAUGAAAAGCUGGGGAAAGACAAAGGGAAAAAUGAUGAAGGUGAGGAUGGUGAAGAGAAGGAGGAGGAGGAGGAGAAGAAGGACAAGGAUAAGAAGAAAAAGGCAAAGAAGGAUGAGGAUCUAGAAAAGGACGGAGGAAAAAAUGAAGGCGAUGACGGUGAAGAGAAGAAGAACAAGAAGGAUAAGGAAAAGAAGAAAAAGGAAAAGAAGAAUGAGGAUGAAGAGGAUGAGAAAGAGGGCAAGAAAAAAGGGAAGAAGGAGAAGAAUCCUGAAGAUAAAGAGGAUAAACGGGAUAUCAGGGGUGAUGAUGUUUCGAGGAAGAUUGAAGUGGAAGGAGGCGAUGAGGAGGAGGAGGACGAUGGAGAAAAAGAUGACGGGAAGAAAGUUAAAAAGGAGAAGGGGGAAAAGAAAGAGAAGGACAAAGGCGGGAAGAAGAGAAAGGUGGGUGAGAAAGACAAGACCAAAGAUGUUAGCAAGCUAAAGCAAAAGCUGGAAAAAAUUAAUACCAAAUUAGAAGCCCUUCGCCAGAAGAAGGAAGAAAUAGAAAGUCAGAUAAAAGCAGCAGAGAAUGAGAAUCAUGUAGCUGUCGAGAAGGUCAAGGACGCAGAACAGUAGCUGCUCGGACUAUACUUAUACAGUAAUACUGCCUCGCAUUGUGCUGAUUAAAUAACGAGUUUUUGUAUGUGAAUAAAACAAUUCUGAUUGUUCAAAUGUUUGUGUGAGUGUGAUUUCAUUCCCUUCCAGGCCAUCUCUGUCUCACCUUUCAGGGUGCUUACGGUGAGGGCGCUGAAUGACAUAUGAGCAUGUAGCAAAUUAAACACCCAAGGGAAAUGUCAUGCCCUGGCACCGAUAAUAUGAGAUAAUUUACAUGUAGCAAAUUAGUUCUUAGACUUUUCAAUUUGCAA